AUGCGUCUCUUCAACCGCAAGGGCUCCAAGCCCCAGGUUUCUCCCAACGGCAGCCAGCCGAACAGCUCCAAUGGCUCCCUGCGCUCUCCUGGACCCACCCCAAACGGCUCUCGGCCUACAAGCUUCCCAGACGUCCCUCUGCCAAAGGCCCCGGAUCCAACCCUCGACCCGGCCGGCUACCUGCGCAGCAUCUACGCCGUGCGCGAGCGCUCCAAGUUGGUGCUCGAAAAGGCCAAAAAGAACCAGCUCAAGCACUUUACUGUCGACAUGAGCAAGUUUGGCGAUGUCGCCCGCUUUGUUGUAUCGAUAAUCAAGCGCGACUAUGCCCCCGACUACGCAUCCAUCCCACCCCACGGCCGCUGGCAGCACUUCGAUGUGGGUGGCCGCCCGCGAAUCGACCAGCUCAUGGCGUCAUGGCCAUCGACCGUCGACAACCAAGAGCGCACCCGCCGCCUAAUUGAUCUCUUUCUCGUCUCCGUCCUCCUCGAUGCAGGUGCAGGCACCAAGUGGCAGUACAAGAGCAAGGAGUCGGGCAAGAUCUACCGCCGAAGCGAGGGUCUUGCAGUCGCCAGUCUGGAGAUGUUCAAGUCCGGCGCAUUCAGCAGCGAUCCCAGAGAGCCCUUCCAGGUCGACAGUGCGGGGCUGAAGAAGCUCGACGUCGCAACAGUGGCGCGUGGCUUGCAAGUCAACGCCACAAACCCAAUAGAUGGCCUCGAGGGUCGCACCAGUUUGCUGCUCCGCCUAGCAGAAGCCCUGCAAAAUCAAGAAGUCUUUGGUCUCGAAGCGCGGCCAGGAAAUAUGCUCGACUACCUCCUCUCGCACCCCACCACACAAGCAUCAUCAGUCCCCAUUAUACCCCUCCCCACCCUCUGGAAUACUCUCAUGGACAGUUUGACCCCCAUCUGGCCGGCAACGAGGACCCAAAUCGACGGUGUACCCAUGGGCGACGCCUGGCCGUGCUCCGUCAUGCCAUCGCAUCCUACCCACCCGUGGGAGAACAUUGUCCCUUUCCACAAGCUGACACAAUGGAUGACCUACUCGCUUAUGGUGCCAAUGACGAGGCUACUCCACGUUCACUUCCCCGGCGCUGAGCUUCUGACGGGAUUGCCAGAAUACCGAAACGGUGGACUUUUCAUUGACGUCGGCCUCCUAACACUCAAGCCCGAGGACCAGAAGCGCGGUCUUGCACAAUAUCAACGCAACGCACAGGUGACAGGGCAACCAAGCAUGGAGGUUGUGCCGAUGUUUACCGCCGACGAUGACGUGAUCGUGGAAUGGCGCGCAGUCACUGUAGGGUUACUCGACGAUCUCCUAGUCGACGUAAAUCAGCUGUUGGGCUUGAGCGGCUCGGACAAGCUUAAUCUGGCCCAAAUGCUGGAAGCUGGUAGUUGGAAGGGAGGUCGAGAGAUUGCUGAAGUGUCGCGGCCCAACACUAAAGAACCGCCAAUCAUGAUCCUCUCGGACGGCACUGUUUUCUAA